AUGGCCACCGGUGAGCUCGCUUGCACUUACGCUGCUCUCAUCCUCCACGACGAUGGAAUCGAUGUUACCAACAAAAACAUGGAUUAUCUCAUCAUGAACGCUGGUGCCGGUGGAUCUGCUGCUGCUCCCGUGGCCGUUUCUUCUUCUGCAUCUUCAUCUGGAAGUGCCACUCAAGCUGCCCCAGUAGCUGAAGAGAUAAAGAAGGAGGACGAGAAGGAAGAGAGUGACGAUGAUUUUGUAUCCUUCUUUUUUGACUAA